AGCACACACCAUGGAGGAGGUGGAGGCUGCUCUCUACACCAAAACUUUGAAAACCAUGGAUGAGAUGCUGAAGGCCUUGGUGUGCGAGGAUCAGGAGCCCAACCUUCUGGUGCUGCAAAUCAUCUUGAAGGUCCUGCUCCCCUGGACCACAUCCAAGGAGGUACAUGAGCGGCUGAGGGCAGUGGGAAGGAUCAGGUGGCUGAUGGAAUUCAUGGGGUCUCAGUGCAAAUUCCAGGAAGUGGAGGAGUUCAGAGUCCUGGGCCAGCUGGUGGGGUGUCUCACUCUGUGCUGUGUGGAGCAGGAGCAGGAGAUCUGCCAAUCGGCUGUGGAGGGACUUCACCACCUCUACUCCUUCAUGCUGCAGCUAAAAUGUAAGAGCACUGGAGACCCUUGUCCUUCCUAA